AUGGACUCCGAGGAAGAGACUCUGUAUGAUGAAGUUGAUUCGGGAAAUGAAUCCAGUGGUGAUGAUGUUGACUUUGCCAUGGAAAUCGAGGCCAAUAAUCCUCGUGAGCGUAGUAAUGAUGCUGAUGAGUAUCCAUUUGAAGUUUUGACUACUGAAGAAAUCGUUCAGCACAUGGUUGAUUCUAUUAAAGAAGUCAAUACUGUUGUUGAGAUUCCAGCAACUACUACAAGGAUUCUCUUAAACCAUUUCAAAUGGGACAAAGAAAAAUUAAUGGAGCGAUUUUACGAUGGAGAUCAAGAAAAAUUAUUUUCAGAAGCGCGGGUCGUUAAUCCGUUUCGUAAAGGCUCAAUAAUUAGUCGUUCACGAUCCCAAAAUUCGUCAAGAAGAACAUCUACAAAUGGCACUGAAGAAUGUGGCAUUUGUUUCGUUACUCUUCCAUGCUCGAUGAUGACCGGAUUAGAAUGCGGACAUCGCUUCUGCACAGCGUGUUGGGGUGAAUAUUUAACAACUAAAAUAAUGGAAGAGGGUGUCGGUCAAACGAUUGCUUGCGCAGCCCACGCCUGCGAUAUUCUUGUAGACGAUGCCAGUGUUAUGCGUUUAAUAAGAGAUUCAAAAGUUAAACUUAAGUAUCAACAUCUUAUCACAAAUAGCUUUGUUGAGUGUAACAGAUUACUAAGGUGGUGCCCAUCACCGGAUUGUAAUAGCGCUAUAAAAGUGCAAUACGUCGAAUCUAAACCAGUAACAUGUAAAUGCUCACACACAUUUUGUUUUUACUGUGGUGAAAAUUGGCACGAUCCAGUUAAAUGUCAUUUAUUGCGCAAGUGGAUUAAAAAAUGUGACGACGACUCAGAAACAUCUAAUUGGAUUGCGGCUAACACUAAGGAAUGCCCUAAGUGUAAUGUAACCAUCGAAAAAGACGGAGGCUGUAAUCACAUGAUUUGCAAAAAUCAAAAUUGCAAAACAGAGUUCUGCUGGGUAUGCUUAGGCCCGUGGGAACCACACGGUUCUAGUUGGUACAAUUGUAACCGUUAUGAUGAAGAGGAGGCUAAAGCUGCGCGUGAUACACAACAAAAGUCACGCUCUGCAUUACAGAGAUAUUUGUUUUACUGCAAUCGACAAACACUAACAUACACCUACGUAUUUGCAUACUACUUACGUAAAAACAAUCAAUCUGUGAUUUUUGAAGAAAAUCAAAAAGAUUUAGAGGGAGCUACCGAAUUACUGUCUGAGUAUUUGGAAAGAAAUAUAACGAGUGAGAAUCUUGCGGAUAUUAAACAAAAAGUUCAAGACAAAUAUCGGUACUGCGACAGCCGAAGGAAAGUAUUGUUAGAACACGUUCACGAAGGCUAUGAAAAAGAAUGGUGGGAUUAUAUGGAAUAA